GAUGUCAAUAUCUCCACCGGUCAGAGGUUAUCGGGAUUUGUUGCUCUGGAAAGUUAUUUUGCGUCGACAUAGGCCUGUCUCACCCAAUCUAAUUUUGGACAGCAGGUCCGCGAUAGUGAUUUGUUGUCCGCCGCAAGCGCAAGUUUAAGGUGAGACCUCCAAGAAACGAUCAACACACCUUCCAUCGAUUGAAGGCUCAUAACCUCCGAAAAUGCAACGCGGUCAUGCCAUCUGUGGGCUGCUGCGGAAGUCGCCGUUGAGUACUUUCGCGGGGGGUGAGCGGGUUCGGCUUGGAGCAAUCGCGGCAGAAAGAAAGCCGCGCGGCAACUUGUUGCCGAGAUCAGACAGUGCUAGUUCGCGUGAGUGUUCGAUUGACCCGUCGCAGUUCUACUUGUGUACACGCGGAAAACAUACUAUGGCUGAAUAUUGCAAAAUACUAGAUGUUCCCUUGGCGGAAAGCGAUCCGGUUCUUCUAGAACUAAUUCGAAAGGAAAAAUCUCGGCAAGUUCAUGGUUUAGAAAUGAUUGCUAGCGAAAACUUCACAUCGCUUUCUGUAUUAGAAUGUCUUAGUUCCUGUCUCCAUAACAAAUAUUCGGAAGGAUAUCCUGGCCAGAGGUACUACGGUGGCAAUCAAUUCAUCGAUGAAGUUGAGAAUUUGGCCCGAAAACGGGCACUGGAAACCUUUAAAUUAAAUCCUGAGGAAUGGGGUGUGAAUGUGCAGCCAUAUUCUGGGUCACCAGCAAAUUUUGCUGUCUACACUGCCAUAUGUGAACCACAUGGACGAAUUAUGGGCCUCGAUUUGCCAGAUGGCGGCCAUUUGACUCACGGUUUCUUUACAGCUACAAAGAAAAUCUCAGCAACAUCAAUAUUUUUCGAGAGUAUGCCAUAUAAGGUUGACCCAACAAGUGGAUUAAUUGAUUAUGAUCAGCUCGAAGCAAAUGCAAAACUCUUUAAGCCUCGCGUAAUCAUUGCCGGAGUCUCAUGUUAUUCCCGCUGUUUGGACUAUGCGCGAUUUAGAAAAAUUGCUGAUGCCAACGGAUCCUAUCUAUUUGCUGAUAUGGCACAUAUCGCUGGGUUAGUUGCAGCUGGUAUCGUACCCAGCCCAUUCGAAUACGCCGACAUUGUCAGUACAACUACUCAUAAAACACUCCGAGGACCACGGGCCGGCGUGAUAUUUUUCCGAAAAGGUGUUCGGUCAGUGAAACCAAAUGGAGAAAAGAUUAUGUACGAUCUAGAAUCUCGAAUUAACCAAGCAGUUUUUCCUGGCUUGCAGGGCGGACCCCACAACAACACAAUAGCAGGUAUCGCAACAGCCAUGCUGCAAGCUCAACAGCCUGAGUUUAUUGAGUAUCAGAAACAAGUCGUUAAAAACGCACAACGACUUUGCGAGGGUUUAAUCUCUAAGGGAUAUAAAGUUGCAACGGGCGGUACUGAUAUUCAUUUAGUACUUGUGGAUUUGACAUCAACAGGAGUAAGUGGGGCCCGCGGAGAGUACAUCCUUGAGGAAAUUUCAAUCGCUUGCAACAAAAAUACUGUACCUGGCGACAAAUCAGCUUUAAAUCCAUCGGGUAUCCGAUUUGGUACACCGGCGCUCACUACGCGAGGUUUGGUAGAGAAAGACAUCGAUAGAGUUGUUGAUUUCAUUGAUCGCGGAUUGAAAUUGUCAAAGGAAAUCAGUGCCAUAUCAGGGCCAAAACUGCCUGACUUCAAAAAUGUGAUUUCAACGAAUGCAGACGUUAUCGCAAAAAUCAAAUCACUACGCCAAGAAGUAGAGGCUUUCAGUGAAAAUUUCCCCUUGCCUGGAUAUCCAACUCAUUGAUUCUGGGUUCAUUUUACUUUAAGUAAAACUUGAUUUGCUUUUUAUAUAAAACUGAAUAAAAAUGUAUGAAUAAAAGUCAACGUUUUGUUGGA